AACAGGGUCUUUCUUCACAUCUGCCUAAUGGGGUAUUGCCACCACUUGGAGAGAGUUGGAAGCUACAGCAGUGGGUAAUUGGACUCAACCCAAAGGCCAGUUAGGGGGAGAUUUGGGGGUUAUUGCAGCACCUCAAAGCAACAAAAAUGGACAAGAGCAGACGACGUUCCAGAACUGCAGGGAGAAGCACAUCUAGACACCAGAAACAACCCUGUGCCAUACGACUGGUACACACAGAUGAAUCUGGUCAACUGCAACUAAAUGAAUCUGCUGUACAGACCUGUUUUCUGGAUGGAGAGAUAUCAGACUACCCUGUUUGCCUAAUCUGUGUGAUCGGAGAGAAGCGUCGAGGCAAAUCCUUCCUCAUGAACUACAUCCUGAGAGCUCUGUCCUGCCAGGAGAAGGGACAUCCACUCAGCCUGGGGGCAGAUGAUGCUCCUCUCAGUGGGUUUGAGUGGAGAGAUGGAAUAAGCUGCACAACCAAGGGCAUCUGGAUCUGGAGCAAGCCCUUCAUUCUAGAGCGUAAUGGAGAAAAGAGGGCCGUGUUUGUUCUGGACACAGAGGGCUCCCUGGAUAUUCAGAGUUCAAGAGACAUUUGCCUGAAGCUGUCUGCAUUAUCCAUGAUCCUCAGCUCCUACCUGAUAUUCAAUGUGAACUCAAACUUGAAAACAACAGAAAUGGACUAUCUUGAGAUGUAUCUCCAUGUAGCUGAGUAUGUCGGGAGAUCGUUUGAUCUGCAGGCCUUACAGCACCUCAAUAUCCUUAUACGUGACUGGCAAGAUUUUAGGAGAUGUGGAAAAGAAGAGGCCCGGGCUUAUGUAUUUCAUGAGACUGAGAAUCUGCAAAAUGAACCUUCAUACAAAUUGGUGUCAGAGACCCUAAGAGGCCCAUUAGCAGACUACUCCCUCCUGCCCCACCCAGGGAAAGAUCUGAUGAUUGACAGUCAAGGGAAAUUAUCAGAUAUGGAAGAGGAUUUCAGGAAUCAUCUAACAACCUACAUAUUCAACCUCGUGGGAGACAUUUGGCUCCACAGAAAAACCAACAGACAAGGGGAAAAAGUGACGUGUGCUGAGCUGGCAGGAGUAUUAAAGAGAGUUGUGAACAUUAUGCAGAGUUUAUCAUACAGCUUUACCUCCCCGUUGCAGAUGUUCUUUGCCUUUGAAAAUCACAAAAAGGUGGAAGAAUUUAAGGAGAAGUUCCACACUUUCAAACAGUCAAAAGAAGUGGAUUCUCUGAUCAGGAAACAGAACUUGAAUCUGAUUCAAAUGGAGACCAACAUCAAUGAGAUGGCAACCAAACUCCUACUGGAUUUUAAACAAUCACUUAAAGGGGAUGAUGCCAAAGAAAAGGAAAGGCUUGUAAAUGAACUGGAAUCCUACUUGUUAGAACAGCAGCAAGAGUUUUGUGAAGACUACUCCAAGAGGUUCUAUAGAUUCCAAAAUCACAAGAGGAUGGAGCGUAUGAAAAAGACGUUUCAAAAUGUACUAUCAUCAAAGUCAAAAGAAGUAUAUUCUCUGAUCACGGAAGAGAACGUGAGUCCAUCUCAAAUGAAGUCCAGCAUCAAUGAUACAGCAACCAAAUUCCUCGAGGACUUUAAACAAUUAAUACAAGGGGAUGAUACUCAAGAAAAGGAAAGGCUCAAAAGUGAACUGGAAUUGUAUUUGUUAAAACUUCAGCAGAAGUUCUGUAAAGACUACUCCAAGAGGUUCUGUGCAUUUCAAAAUCACAAAAGAAUGGAGACAAUAAAAGAGUUGUUUCAAGGUGUUAUAUUGUCAAAGUCAAAAGAAGUAGAUUCGCUGAUCACGGAACAGAACAUGAGUCCAUCUCAAAUGAAGUCCAGCAUCAAUGAUACGGCAACCAAAUUCCUCCAGGACUUUAAACAAUCAAUACAAGGGGAUGAUACUCAAGAAAAGGAAAGGCUCGAAAAUGAACUGAAAUCACAUUUUUUAAAACAGCAGCAGAUGUUUUAUAAAGACUACUCCAAGAGGUUUUUUGCAUUUCAAAAUCAUGAAAGAAUGGAGACAAUAACAAAGCUGUUUCAAAGUGUCAUAUUGUCAAAGACAGAAGAAGCUGAUAAUCUGAUCACAGAACAGAAUGUGAGUCCAACUCUAAUGGAAGCCCGCCUCAAUGAUACAACAAACAAUUUCCUCCGAAACUUUGAACAAUCAUUCCAAGGGGAUGAUGCCCAAGAAAAGGAAAGGCUUGUAAAUGAACUGGAAUCCUAUUUGUUAAACCAGCAGCAAGAGUUCUGUAAUGACUACUCCCAGAGGUUCUAUAGAUUUCAGAAUCACAGGAGGAUGGAGGAUAUUAAAGAGCAGUUUCGGAAUGUAAUAUUAUCAAAGACAGAAGAAGCUGAUAAUCUGAUCACAGAACAGAAUGUGAGUCCAACUCUAAUGGAAGCCAGCCUCAAUGAUAUAAGAAACAAUUUCCUCAGAGACUUUGAACAAUCAUUCCAAGGGGAUGAUGCCCAAGAAAAGGAAAGGCUUGUAAAUGAACUGGAAUCCUAUUUGUUAAACCAGCAGCAUGAGUUCUGUAAUGACUACUCCCAGAGGUUCUAUAGAUUUCAGAAUCACAGGAGGAUGGAGAAUAUUAAAGAGCAAUUUCAGAAUGUAAUAAAAUCAAAGGAAUCAGAAAUUUGUACUCUUAUCAGGAAUAAUAAUUACCCUAAUAGAAUCGAGAGGGAAAUGCUUCAUGUAGUCAAUCAAUUGCUUGACAAUUACAGAGAAUCCCUGGAAGGCAUUGAUGACGAACAAAAGGAACUGCUUGUUAAUGAAAUGGAAUCACAUUUGUUGCAAGAGAAUGAACUGUUCUGUAUAGAGUAUAGCAAGAAUUUCUAUGCUUUUAAAAAUCAGAAACGCAUGGAGGAUACUAAAAGAAGGUUCCUGAAUUUUCUAGAGCAAAAGAAAGAAGAAACUUCAUCAUCUCUGUUGAACAAGUUGAUGGUGAUGCCAUCUGCCAUGGAGUCCCAGAUCCAGGAUUCUAUCAAAAAGUACAUGGAUGAAUUUAAAAGGUCACUUGAGGGCACUGAUAGCCAAGAGAAGAACCAUCUUGUGGCUAGGCUGAAUUCAUACUUGGAUAAUAUGAAGGAUGAGUUUUGUAAAGAAUACUCCAGCAUCUAUACCUCGGCAAUGCAGUGGAUCACUGGUGGAACUGCCACUAGUUUUUUUCUGGCCAGAAACAUGAUUGGAAAUGCAUCACUUGUAGCAGCAGCUGCGGAAGCGCCAGUAUUGGCAGCAAUCAUUGGUGGAGCUGUAAUAGUUGGCGCCCUUGUAGCUUGGGGGAAAACUUUUUAUUUUGCCGAGCAUAAAAAACAGUAGUUAGAAAGAGAAUCCAUUGGCACUCCACUCCACUGCACUGUGAAAAUGUUUAAUGAAAGCCCUUUAAAUAUAAUCUUAUAUUAUACAAAUUACAUAAAAUUACAGAACACAGUGUUUACUAACACCCAGCUCCACCUGGCUGUAAAACUGGAAUUUAAAUGUUCCAUUAAAAUUCUAUGUACAGUAUAGUUCAAUAACCCGGUGACACUACGGUUAGUUUAAGGGUUCCUGUACAGUUCCUCAAUAAGCCUCCUAAGCUCUUCCCAAGUUCUGUGCAAGAUCAGAGCAGAUUUACUUUGCCUUAUUAUACAGGUAUGGGAUCCAUUAUCCCGAAACCCAUUAUCCAGAAAGCUCUGACCGAUACUCUGAUGCGCUCCU